UAGCAGUCAAGAUGGGUGACGUGUUAGUAGCGUUUGUGGAUUGUCAUUGGAAACACAUCAAUUCAAACUCUUCACACAAACAUUCAUUAGACAAAGGUGAGGCCACGCCGUCCCCCACACACCAGGAGGCCGAGCAGCCGGCCACCAAGGCCAAGGCUGGGGUGAUGUUCCCCCCACCCGGAGGUUUAUGCCAGGCCCAGUUGAGGGAGGAGUGUCCCCACCUGGCCUCUACCUCCCCGGCCUCUACUACACUCUCAGAGGUCGUCCUCAACAGCAGCGUUCCUCCGUCUCCCCGGCUGACUCAGCUGCUGGAGGGCCUCAAUCAGCCCGGGGACUCCGGCAACCCCCCACACCCUCCACAGUGGCUCGACCGGGAACUGUUUGACCGAGGUCGUAAAUUUUGUUCCCGGUACUUGUUUAGUUUGAGCUUCUCAGAGUUGUUGUCACUGGUGUUGAUGCUGAGUACCGAGAGAGCGCUGCGACCUCUCAUCUACACAGGACAGUCAGACACUCCCCUAAAAGCCAUGAAACGCUAUGUCUCGACGCUGCUGCACAUUGUCACUUGGUUCACAGGAGACGUCUGGGCCCCCGAAGACUCUGCCCACGAGGACAUCUUGUCCAUCCGCUACACCCACAACAAGUUAGCGAAAGGCUUUAACUCCUCCCCAACUUGCAACGAGAAAGUGAGGAACAUCAGUGUUAGCGAGAGAGGACACGAGGAGCCCAGUAACUCCCUAAAUAAAGUCAUCCGCCAAGAUCUUCAACGUGUAGUUGAAGAUAAACUUUAUUUAGAGAAUGAUAAGCCGAUUGUGUAUAUGAGUCAGCUGGACAUGGCCCUCACACAGUACUCCUUCAUGGGACUCAUAGUGACACACCCAGAGAAGAUGGGAGCCGGAGCCGCUACUGAAGAAGAGCUGGCUGGCCUGAUCCACUUCUGGCGAGGGCUGGGCUGGCUACUGGGCAUCGACGACAAGUACAACUUGUGUAGCGGGUCGGUGAAGGAGACGAAGGAGCUGUGCCUGGAGGUGGAGCGUCUUAUUGCCAUACCUUCAUUGGCUGUAGUGGACUGGGACUACGAGCACAUGGCCGCCUCCCUCAUCACAGGUAUUGGCUACAUUAUUCCCAUCUUGUCCUACCCCGCCAUGUUCCGCUAUCUGGCCUACACCAUAAACUUCCCCAUCCCCGCCUUCGUCAGCAGGAUGUCUUACCGCCAUUCCUUCCAGUACUGGGUCAUGAGGAUGACCUUCGGCCUCAUCCUGCUGUUACCUUGGCUUUCGCUACGCUUCAGUAGCUCCUUCAGGACACUGGUCGAUAGAGUUCAGAAGAGGAACAAGAGUAACAAGUCUUCCAGGUGUCCCUUCUCAAAGUGAGGGAAGACGUCUGGUGACUCCUCAGUGUUCCAUCAGGAGUAGAUCCUUCGAAAAAUCUCUUCCAGGAGAAAUGUGCAACUUAAUUCAUUGAUAAUAAAGUCUUAAGACAGUCUGUCGUGAUCCGCGACUUCACCCUGACACAGUGUAUGAUGGAGUGCAGUAAGUUGAUAGUCCAUUGAUACUGAUAAUAUUGAUCUGCGAUUAUGAUUACGAGUAUCUUCGCUACAUCACAUGUUUGUCAGCUGUAGUUAUAUAAAGUUUGUUCAAUAUCCUGUACAUUUUUGUUUUCAGGGCAUUAUUCAGUAAGCAGAGAAUAUAUACAAAAGGUUGUACUGUAUAUAAAUUGUGAAUGUGUAUAUAUAGAUCUGUAUAUUGGAAAGUCAUUUUGUGAAUAUUAUUUAUCUGUAUAUUUGUAUGUUUUUGAAUACUACUAAUUAUUACCGAAUUCCCUUCUCGGGGCUGUCAAAGGACAACUUUUAUACCAAUCAAAGAAGAGAACAAAAUAAAACUGAUAUUUC